AUGAAUAAUAGUAAAGAAACAGCCGAACUUCUUCUUUCACACGGUGCAAAUGUCGAUAAAAAAGCUAAAUUUGGAGCAUUCGCUCUUUAUUAUGCAGCAAGUCAUGAUUACAAAGAAAUGGUCGAAAUUCUGCUUUCACAUGGUGCAAAUGUCAAUGAAAAAGAUAUAUAUGGAGUAACUGCUCUUCGUUGUGCAGUACAGAAUAAUUAUAAAGAAAUGGCCGAAAUUCUACUUUCACAUGGUGCAAAUGUCAAUGAAAAAGAUAUAUAUGGAGUAACUACUCUUCAUUAUGUUGCACAAAAUCAUUUAAAAGAAAUGGCAAAAAUUUUACUUUCACAUAUAAAUGCAAAAGAUUAUAAUGCUCUUCAUUAA